AUGGCCGAGCCCUCCGACGAUGACCUCAUCCAGCUUUCCGUCUUGCGCGACGAAGAGACGGACAGCCUCGUCGAGGAGGGACAUAUCAGCGCGGAGCGUCGAUGGGACUCGCCCCUCGAAUCGACCUUGGUCUUUGCGUAUGGCGAGAUGGCGCUUCACAUCACGCCGGGGGCCGCGUACCCCAUUGCGCAGCCGACGUGGGAGAUUAUCAACCACAGCAUGCCCAUCGACGCCGUCGACGCCCUGCGCAGGCGGCUGCGCGGCAUCGUCGCCGAGGGCGCGCUCGUCAACACGCUCGGACGGCUGCACGACUGGGUAGACGCCUGCGACGGGUCCGAGUUUGACUACUCCAAGGUCGUGACGUUGAUGGUCGAGGAGACGAACCGCGCGAUGGAGCUGUUCCGCGCGAAGCGGCUGUGCAAGACGCCCGUCAAGAAGAAGGCGACGAGAAAGGCGAUGCCGCGGCUCGACUUUGACAUUAAGCAGGGCGUCGCCAUGAGUACGCUGUCGUCGAGCGAACUCGCGCAGCGCUACCUCGGCGUGACGCCGCAGGACGUGGCCGCCAUGAUCCCGCCGCAGUACCGCGUGCAGCACGUCGAGGAGGUGAUCCGAAAGGACCUGGCCGUGGGCUUCGACCGUGCGCACGCCCAGCUCCGCGAGGGUCUGUCCGCGCUGCCGCUGAGCACGUUGCGCCGCCACGCACCUCCGCAGCUCUGCCGCAGCGCCCGCACGUCCGACUACGUGGAGCACCUGGCGCGGCCGCGGCUCACCUUCCACGGGACGCAGCGGCGCUUCGUGUCGAGCAUCGUGCGGCAUGGGUUCCUGCGGCCGGGGAUGCGCGACCCGGCGACGGGGGCGGAGCACGGCGUGCGGUGCGGCGCGACGUACGGGCGCGGCAUCUACAGCUCGCCCGACGCGGGGUUCGGGCUGGCGUACGCGGACCGGUGGUGCGGGCGCACGGCGCCGGGGAGCUACUACGGCGUCAAGCUCAUCGUGUGCGCGACGCUCAUGGGCCGGGCGCGGCGCAUGUACCGCGAGGACGGGUGGCGCGACAGCGACGAGGCGUACGAGGGCGCCGACUCGCACGUCGGCAACGAGGGGCUCGAGUACGUCGUCUUCGACCCGCGGCGCAUCCUGCCCGUGUACGUGGUGCACCUGGACUGGGGGGACGACGACAACGCCGACUUUUUCGAGGACGUGCCCGACGACCCGGCCGAGUACGCGGCGUGGGCGGCCAGCCACAUGGAGAAAGGGGGAGAGCGCAAGACGCACCCGCGACUAAUACGCAGCGAGGCGCAGUCCGUGAUGAUGUUGCCGGGAGACAGGCAGCGGGCCAAGGAGGCCGUGAUGGCGAGGGCGGCCAAGUACUUUCCCUACGGGUACGGUCCCGCGACGGGGACCAAGUUCCAGGUGCUCGAGGUGGGCGAGGUGUCGGAGGACGAGGAGGACUACGGCGAGUACCAGGAGCAGCGCGUCGACCUUUUCGAUACCGACGACGGCAAGGACAAUGCCCUGGACGCGGGCGGGUACUGGAGCUGGCAAAAGAUGGGCGAGCUCGAGGACCACGGCGAGCAAGGGGUUGAGCGCGACGAGUACCUCGCGCAGAAGCGGGCGCGGGGCCCGGCGUGGAGGGACGUGCUGCUGCCACCACGGGAUGAGGGUGGUGGUGGUGGUGGUGGCGGCUCUGCGUCGGGGGAGGGGGAGGGCGACGACGCGGAGGAUGAUGAGUAUGAGUUUUGCCUGGGGAGGCUGAUGGGCGCGGAGGAGUGAGUGAGUGCCUGCCCGCCCGCUGCCGUCCAAGGCUAGUUUCACGGUGAUAUGAUAUAAUAUCCCAAGGCGACGUCAAUGAUGACCUUGACCCGUUCGCAAACGUAGCAACAAUUUGCAUAAAUCUCACGCCCUCUUCUUGCGCGCCACGAUAAACGGCCGAUGGUCGUCCCUACCCCCCGACGCGUGUGUCUCCGUCUCCAGCACCUCAAAUCCCGCCGCCUCCAGCUGCGCGCUCAGCUCCACGGCAGUAAAGACGGCCGCGUACGGGGCCCUGCCCACGGCGCGCAUGACCGGCAGCGCGAGCCUCAGGAGCGGAUUCAUCUCGCCGACGCAUGGCGUCUUGGUGAUGAGCAGCCCGCCGCCGUUAUGGUCGUCGGCGCGGAGAAGCGCGCGGAUGCCCUUGAGCGUGCCGGGGAGGUCGCGCACCAGGUGCAGGUAGUUGAACCCCAGCACGACGUCAAAGGACGACCUCGUUGUUGGGCUGGCGGUGGCGGCGUCGGGUUCGGGCCUGGCGGCGGUGAGGAGAGACGCUAUGGUUG